GUUUAAAAAGCGCAAACUCAUUCUUAGAAAACAUCAUUCGCGAUCUGUCGGCAAUUUGUGCGCCUCGUCAACAUAGCGAUGGUGCAAAUAUGGAGUAUAAGUAAUUGGAGUCAUUAGCUAAGUGGCUGAAUAUGAAUGGACCGAGUCGGCGCUCGUCGGGGCGCCUCAUUAUGCAAGCGCAUUAAAAGAAAGCGGCAGGGGGUCAAGUGGGCACGAACAAAAAGAGGGGCAGGGAUCGGGACGACGGCCAGGAUUCAAAUUCUAAGUGGAAAGUUGUUGCCAUUGUGAGUCGGGAUAUAAAGCAGGCGAGGCGUCCAACCCGGCGGAGGAGAGAAGCUGCAGUUCGGAAAAAGAAGGACCACCAUGGCCUCCGCGCACACCCACCAUUGGAUUGCUUUACUUCUUAUCUCCGCGAUUACCAGCGAUAUGGGAGUACGAGGCCGCGCAUUGGACGCGCAUGGAUUCGUAGCACCGUCACCGGGGAGGUCGACUGGGUCCCCGAGACCGUCUUUACGCACGGACCUCCUAUGGCGCUGGAGGCGAGGGGCCGCGGAGGCACACCGCGAGCGCUGCGCGGAGCUCACGGCGGCCUGGCAGGAAAGCUGCAAUCGUAAUAGCCGGGAUAAUUCCACUGUGGUGCGCCUCGGUGUCAGGCCUCUGUCUGCCUCUGGACCUUCCGGGGGGUUGGUGUUCCCAGAGAAGCCCCUCUUCAGCCUCGUGCGGCGGGUCUAUCGGUGUUGUCAGGAGGGACUCAACUGCAGGAGCGUCAAAGGGCUCCAGGGCCGUUUAAGACGAGGUUCGGAUGUCGAAUUCCUCAUCACCAGGGAGGUCUUAUCAUUGAUCAUAAAGAGAGCCGAGCUUCACCUUCAGUUUGCGAAUCCGCAACAGGUGGACAUACAUCCUGCACUUCUGUCCUUGGCAAAGAGCAACCUUCCGACAAGAUUUAUUUCAAAAGCCCGCGGUAACACCGUGGAGUUGCGCGUGGAUCUGCUGUUCCUGUUCCAGAGUCUUCAAGAGGCGGCGGGUGGUCUCGGAAGAGGUCGCCACGUGGUGAACAUGCGGAAAGUCAUGCUUUCUCCCUCGCUUAAAAAACUGGCUUCAGUGGAUCUCCAGGACAAUGGCGGAGACGUGUGGGGGGAGCUGGGCUUGGCCUUGGGCUGCAGUCGGGACGGAGUUGACGUGCUCUGCGAAAGCAGCGGGGUUGGCCUCCUCCACACGCCUUUCAUAACCCUCUACUACCGAUGAAGUCAAACUGAACAGAUACUGGACUCAAGUCGACCGAGCCUUUCACUUUUGAUCUCAUCAAAUUAAGACUAAUCUGAAAUGAUGCACUUCUUACUCAAAUAUAUUAACUUAUAAAUGUUAUGGUUUGUAGAAAUUAUAUAAAUAUAUAUACACCUGAA